AUGCUGCAGGAGCUCCACGGCGGCGGCGUGUCCCCCAGCAGCGAGCGUUACCAGCAGCUUAGCCGGCGGGCCGGGGCGCUGCAGAUAGUGGCGGAUGGGUAUGCGCAGAUUGAGCGGCUACAGCAGGAGCUGGCUGGUGCCGAGGAGAUACUGAGCACUGAGUCGAGCGAAGAGCUGCGGGACAUGGCGCGGGAGGAGCGGUCGGCGCUGUCGCAGCAGGCAGGGACGGGGGCGCCCUCGAUCAUGGAGCUGCGCGACUCUCUGGUGUCUCACCUGCUGCCCCCGGAUGAGGAGGACGAGCGCAACGCAGUUCUGGAGGUUCGCAGCGGCGUCGGCGGCGAGUGGGCGGCGGAGUUUGCCUGCGACCUACUUGGGAUGUACAAAUCGUACUGCAUAGCCCAGGGUUGGCAAUUUGAGCUGAUGAGUGUCACAUACAACGACCAUGGCGGCGUCAAGGCGGCGGACGCCGUCGUCGCCGGGCACGGCGCCUUUGGGCGGCUGCGCUGGGAGAGCGGCGUUCACCGGGCCCAGACCGUGCCGUUCACCGAGAAGACCGGGAAGAUGCAGACCGGCACAGCCACCGUGGCGGUGCUGUCGGAGGCCGCGGAGUCCGAGGUGUCCAUUUCCGAGGGGGACCUCAAGUGGGACACCUUCAGGGCGGGCGGCGCGGGCGGCCAGCACGUCAACACCACGGACAGCGCGGUGCGCGUGACGCACCUGCCGACAGGGGUGGUGGUUGCCUGCCAAAGUGAGCGCUCGCAGCACCAAAACCGCGCCAAGGCGCUGAGGUUGCUCAGGUCAAAGGUACAGGAGGCGGACAGGCUCAGGGUGGCGGCAUCCCUGAGUUCCGCGCGCCAGCAGGCCCACGGCGGCGCCCGCUUCAACGAGCGCAUACGGACCUUCCACUACGUGGUGAGCCGCGGGGGCCACACCCUGCUUUG